AUGGCGUCAGGCUACACGCCGUGGUGGAUGAAGAAGGGCGGCGAGGGCGAGGCGAAGAGCUGUCCCACAGUGAACCGCCUUUUGGAUCUCAGCCAGGGCCGCGAGACGCCGCUGCCGCGCUGGACUAAAGCGGAUAUCGAGGCGUUCGCUAAGGAGGACCCCGUUCACGGCAACCAGGUGCUGCUGUCGCGCCAGGCGUCGCUGAUGGCGGCUGGCGGAGCGGCAGUGGGGGGACUUGCGCUAGCAGCGUACAGCUACCGGUACUCGCGGAGCGCUGGAGGUGCUUUCCUCACGCUCGUGGUGGGUGCGGUUACGAGCUGGGCGGUGACAGAGGAGGCGGCCAACAUCGGGUUAGGCCUGUACAAGUUCAGUUCCAUGGACGCCAACUUCAAGUUCAUUGACUGGUGGGCUGCCAGGCACCCUGAAGUCCCUGCAGCUGAUGUCACCACCGCUUGA